AUGAGCGAUACAAAUAUCACUACAGCUAACGAACGAUUCGAUCGCACCCGAUUGAAAAGUGACACCGAUCGUAGAGAAUUAGCCGUCGCGGACGAAAACGCAUAUCCCGAAGAGUUGAUCAAUAAUUAUUAUGACUAUGAGAUCGAUGCCGAAGAAGGGUACGCGUAUCCCGAGGAUUGUGAAGAAGGUUUUGAAUUCUGCAAGAACAAGAAGUAUCCCCAGCGUUCGAGAUCUGUUUUGGAAGAGGACGCAUUUCCCGAAAUUUCGUUAACCGCCGUCGAAGCUAGAAAAUGUCUGAAUCGCAUCGGCCAAGUAGGAGCGGGAUUAAUUUACGCUUUUUUGCAAAUCGACGUCGACCAUAGAAGCCUCACAAACGUCGAGGAAAUCACCAACUUUAAGUAUUUGUCUUUUAUAAACGUGUCGCACAAUCACUUGGACUUAAACGCUUUGGACGUGCUCAGAGAGUUGGAGUACGUGGUCGUGGUACGGGCCGAUCACAACAACGUCGAUUCCCUUUGUCUGUCUCCAAUGCCGUAUCUACAGGUUUUGACCCUAAACUCUAACAGAGUCUCGUCGCUUACGGGUCUUAAGCAACCGUCGCUAGAGUGUUUGGAACUGAACGGUAAGUGGGGUGUGAUUUUUUUUUUUUUUGUUGUUGUCCAUUCUACGCGCCCUGUGUGAUACUUACACGACUGUGUAAAAUGUAUAUAUAAUAUGUUUAUUUUUUUUUUUUCAUUAAUAUUAUUAUAAUACAUAUUUUGUAAAGGGCAAUUUAUCAAGACACAAUCGUCGCCGUCGAACAACGGCCAAGUGUCGUGAAUAUAUUUCCCUAUUGUCCCUGACCAUUUUUCUCGGUGGACAAUUUAUUGGAAGCAUUCAAUUAUUGCCCCCGAUGUAUAUAACAGUAUACUGUAUAGUGUAUACAAUAUAAUAUAUGCCAUACACUUAUUUAUCGGCUGCUGCAGAUUACAAAUAACAUCGGUUUGCGCAAUCCCAUAUUAUAAUAAUACCAUAUUUUUAUUGCGUGUACGUGGUAUACAAAUAAUUUAAUUUCUUUUUCGAACGUUUAACAUUGUAACAUGUUAUAUUUUUAUAUAAAUUUCAUUUAAUUCCUAAUAUGAACCAGCAGUAAUUGUACCCAACUGCCAACAUGUGUAAUACAUAUUAAUAUAUUAUACAAUAUAAUAUAUUUUCAAAUAUUUUUACUUUUAUCGUAACACAAUAUAUACUCUAUAUUAUUAUAAACUGCUAGGUUUUAUGGGUAAGAUCGCGAAUAUUAAAUUUCCGAAUUUCGGGGCCUUAUGAUUGAUCUUGUUAAAUUCUAAAGUAUAUUAAUUUAUACGGCGUUUGAUAUUGUUCUUAUUUUAUUUCAUUUAUAAGUAUAAAAUAUUUAAAAAAAUAUAUAAAAUUAUAGAUUAGCUUAAAUAUAUUAUUUAAAUAUACCUAAUAUAAAACAAUAAUAUUAAAUUUAAAAGCGAUACCUACUGAGAGCGGAUAUUAUAGAUGAAUUUUUUAGGUAUCAAAAAUAAAAUCUUUUUAUAAUUUUUUCACGUUUUCCAAGACUUCCUAAAAAUAAUACAGUUUUUUGCAGUUUUAUUUAUUAUUAUUUUUUUUUUUUGGCACAAAAAUAGAAACCAAUAUUACAAAUCUUUUGCCGUCGGCAGGCGCCGAGGGAGUGAUAUUUUCUUUCUGGUACACACACUUGAUAACAAAACCGUUCAUCUUUUAAAUGUUUAUUUUAUACGCAAACCUCUUCUUUUUUGGAACAAUAUAUAUUUUACAAACUUUAAAAUUUGUAUACAUUUUACUUUAGUUUCUUGUAAAGUAUGAAAAAUGUACAAAACAUAUUGAAAUGUGAUAGUUGUUGAAAUAAUUUAAAAAACGAUUAAUACAACAAAAAAAAAACAAUUAACUUUAAUAAAUAUUUAUAAAAUUAAAUGAAAAC